CAAAACCAAAGCUUCUAAAAUUAGUGAAUAUAUUUCUGUUUCUGCCAGCCUGUAGUUUUAAACGCCUCAUCUUAAAGUGGUUCUAAAGGCUGAAGGUUUUUUACCUUCAUGCAUUCUCCCAGACUGCUGAUAGGCUGUCGGCCACAAUGGACUGUAUUACCUCAAAACAACAUAAGUUGCUAAGUCUCAUUGGGAAAAAAUGCUAUGCAGGGGCGGACUGACAACUCAUGGGGCCCCUGGGCAAUAGGGGAUCAUGGGGCCCCUGUGUCCUUGGCCACACUCAAACCACACCCAAAAAAGUCUAUGAAAGGUACCAGGGGCAUCUCAUGGGGCCCCCUACUGACCCUGGGCCCUCGGACAGUGCCCGAGUCCCUGAAUGGUCAGUCCACCCCUGAUGCUAUGUAAACUGUCCGA